AUGGCGGGCUCCGAGCCCGCUUCUUCGGAGCCGCCCCAUUCACUACGAGGCGCUUUAAAGGCAGCAAGUGGCGGACGGACGACGGGCGCCACCCUGUCAGAAAGUCCGAGUGAGGAGGACUACGAUGAUUCGAAGCUGUCUGCAAGACGACGCAAGGUACAGGCUCCGGUCCGUCCCGGCGCAUCGCCUUUGAAGACCUCGUCAAAUCGCGACAGAAAGCUGUCUCUUGACGGUUCGACCUUGUCCGAGACAUCGAGUGUCGACGAGCCUCUCCGUGAUGAUGGCGGCCGUCUCAAGACGUAUGUGUUAUCACCUGAUGACCGCGAGCUCCGCGAUGUCAUCAGGCGAGGCCUGGAGAGAGAGAAAGAUCCGAAAAGGCCACGGCGGGCAGGCAAAUUCAGCGACCUGGUCUUCACGCGCCAGUUUUCCACGUUUGACAGACAGAACCAGCAGACAGCCAACAGCCCAUUUUACGGCUUCUACACGCUGUUCUGGCUGGCCGUGGCCCUCUUCGUCGUCAAGAUCGGCGCCGCAAACUGGAAGGCGACGGGGAGCCCUCUGGGCACCAACGAAAUCAUGAAGACCAUGUUUCGCCGGGACGUGGUCGUCCUCCUGGCAUCCGACGGUGUCAUGUGCGCCCUCACGGGCGUGAGCUGGAUACUGCAACGGCUUGUCUUCAGCGGCUAUGUGGACUGGGACAGGUCCGGCUGGAUCAUCCAGAAUAUCUGGCAGUCCAUCUUUAUCGGCGGCGUGGUUGGCCUCACUCUGAUCCGUGACUGGCCCUGGACACACACCGUCUUCUUCGUCCUCCACGGCAUCGUCAUGCUUAUGAAGCAGCACUCGUACGCCUUCUACAACGGCUAUCUCUCGUCGGCCUACAAGAAGCGAAAGUCUCUCCUCUUGAAGCUGAAGAAGCUGGAGCACAUCGCCCCGAUAGAAUUCCCGUCCGCCACCAGCCCCCCGGCGUCGACAAUCUCUCUCUCGCACCUGGCCAACCCGCCGUCUGCGACCGAAAUGGAGGAGCGCCGGCAGUCGGUGAUCCACGUCCGCGGGUCAGAGGAGACAGACCUCGACCGCAUCUCCCACGCCAUCGAGUCCGGAGAACCCCUCGACGCCGACCAGAUCCGCGUGUUCGAGCGCAUCAUCCAGUGGGAGAUCGACGGCCUCACGGACGAGUUGAGGGGCAAGGCGACGAGCGUUGUGCAGGCCUACCCUCACAACCUCUCCCUCGCGAACCAUUACGAGUACAUUGUCCUGCCGACCGUGGUUUAUGAGCUAGAGUACCCGCGUUCAGAGUCGAUUGACUGGUACUACGUCGCCGAGAAGACGGCCGCGAUGUUUGGCAUCAUCUUCGUCAUGAUCAUGGUGUCGCAGGCCUUCAUCUAUCCCGUCGUGAUGCAGACCGUGGUCAUGAAGGAGACCGGCAUGCCGUUAGCAGAGCGAUUCCGCUACUUCCCCUGGAUGCUGAGCGAUCUCGCGUUCCCGUUCCUGAUGGAGUAUCUGAUGGCAUGGUAUCUCAUCUGGGAGACCAUCCUCAACAUCCUCGCGGAGCUCACCUAUUUUGCCGACCGGAGCUUCUACGACGCCUGGUGGAACAGCGUCUCCUGGGAUCAGUUCGCCCGCGACUGGAACCGGCCCGUCCACAACUUCCUCCUUCGGCACGUCUACCACAGUUCCAUCUCGUCGAUGAAGGUGAACCGCCACACGGCGACCCUCAUCACCUUCUUCCUCUCGGCCUGCGUCCACGAGCUGGUCAUGUGGUGCCUCUUCAAGAAGCUCAGGGGCUACCUCCUCUUUCUCCAAAUGUGCCAGUUGCCACUCGUACAACUGAGUCGUACGCGGUGGAUGAAGGGCCGCAAGAUCCUGGGCAACGUCAUAUUUUGGUUCGGCAUCUUCACGGGUCCGAGCCUGCUGUGUAGUCUGUAUCUCAUUUUGUGA